AUUCGAGUCACAUCGUGCGCGAACGUGCUUGUUAGAGGGACUUCGUUUGUUCCGAGUUUUUUUUCGGUUGAUCGUGUGUAGAUUUGCGCGAGAGCUUUCUUUUGCCGUUGGCUCCCGGGGAGAAAUUGCGAACGACAACGACGAUUGCCUGUAGCCCUCGGGGCUGGAUCGACCAAAGGCGACGGGUUUUUUUUUCGGACGGGUUGCUUAUGAUUUUUUGUGGUCGGCUGGGAAGUUGGUUGUGGUUACGCAAGCCGAGUGAAAGGUGGGAAGUGUUCUUUUUUCGUGGCGAAGGAAGGCCUUUCGGGGGUGCAGUGACAACAAAAUAGGAUACACAAGAAACAACUCCUAGAGGAGUAACUUGGAAAAAGAGUUGAUUUUAAUAAGGUUGCGAAUUUUGUGUUUUUUCCACUGUGAAUGAUCAAGCUUUGAUCUAGAAUCGAGGAAAAUCGAGAAAAGUUCGACGAUCGACGCCGAUUCGGGACGGUUUCCGAUUUUCCCCCCCAUCUUCGGUAUUUCUUUUUGAAGUGUUUCUAAUCCACGAGAGCUCAUCGGAUCAGAAACUUCGGGGCGCGAGUGAGGGUCUUGGGCAAUGGAUCCCAUCCCAAUGUUACGGCUCAAGUGAUCAAGUGAUUCCCUCUGUUUCGCCCCUCGAGUACAAUAGAAUUGUUUGGAUUUGUGCUUAGAGUAGAAGAAAAUCAACGAUCCGGUGAAAAGUUUCGCUUUUAAAAGAUUCGGUUGGGUUGUUCGUCUGGUGUUUUUUGGAGGUCUCAGAGCUGAAUUGUUUUGAUCUGUUGGGAAGAAGACGAAGUCGAGAGUGAAAUAUACGCUGCUGGAGGGCGUAGAAGAUUGGGCCUGAAAUCGAAAGGGGAAGCUACUCUAGUGUGAAGAAUCUGCAAUGGGCGAUGAGCGCAGCUAAUAAUGAUGAUUUGUAGAGUGCUCCAGUGUGCUGGUUUGUUGUGAUCAUACAGUGGAAAAUAAGCGACAGGAAGUGAGAGAUUGAGUCGUUUUAGUGAGUCGUUAGUUUUGGUGGGUUGUUGUUUUCGCUGUUGAUCUUCUUCGUCGAUCGUGGCCAGUGGAACCUUGACUGAGUGACACAAACGAACAUGGAAAGCAAGACGGAACUCCGCACCAAACCUAUACUGAGUCCGACCAGGUCGUUGGACGAAGGUUUUGAAAGUGACCCGGACCGGAUCUCGACUGACUCAGAACUAGCAACGGCACAGGCAGCGCCGGCCUUCGAUGUACUGCAAAGAACCGAUCGUGAUGGGGUUCAACAUACCCAAAUCACCCGUCGGAACCAAGAAAGCAGUCCCCUGAUCAAGGACAGUGGACCGGAAAGCAUCAUCUGCCUGGAGGGCGAAAUCGAGAAUGAACUCCGAGCCAAACUGGAAAAAACAACCCUAGGCAGACCACCCACCGGCCUCAGGAAUCUUAAUCAGAACUCCAAGAAUACCGGAGGCAACAACAGCAGCCAACCAUCUCAGCAGAUUCGUUACCGCCGCAUCAAAACCCGAGCUCCUCCGCCACCGAUCAGCGGCUUCUACUAUCAGAAGCGAUCCCAAUCCGUAGAUUCCAUGUCCCGUUCCCGGGCUCACAGCAGCCUCUACAGUCUGGACACGAUCGGAAUGUCCGGCUCGCAGCUCGACUUAAUCAACGGUCAUGGCGACGUUCUGGCCGGCCGUUUCGUGCGUGUAGCAGUCGAUCCUCGGCAUCACCACCACCAAACCCCCAACAACCACCAUCAACCGCACUCCCUUCAGUCCCACUACGGAUCCCAUCCGUACCGUCUAUCGUCCGCGGCCUCCACCAACAACAUCUACAAAUAUUGUCACGCACCGGCUUCCCAGCUCACGCAUCAUCAAUCCCUGCACCAUCACCUGCACCACAAACCUCCAAUCUACUUCCAAUCGACCGCAACCCGUUCUCCGAACCCUUACACACCGCAAUCCCAGUUCCACCAUCAUCACACCACAUCGUCCUCAUCCGGACCAUCCUCCGCCUUAGGAUUAUCCGUUGGAACUGGCGCCGCAAAUUCCGGAUCGUCGCAAUCAUCCAACAACUCCAACUCCAACCGAUACAACAACAGCAACAACAAACAUUUCAACCACGUCCCGGUAUGCUGGACCCAGUCGAUCCCGCGGCAGGCUAGAAGGUACAUCACCCCGACGGCCCUACCCCAGGUCAUAGCGGCACCGAACAAACCCCUCGGCACCGGCAUUUCCCAGAAGUUGCGGGAUCUGGCCACCUCGGCGGGACUGCUGCAGGCCAAACCGAGGCCUCCCCUAAAGCCGGUCAUCAAGACGACACCCCGGGUGGGGUCACUUUCCUCGAAUGGUGGUGUGGGGGGCGGCAGCGUCGGAAGCAGCAUGGGAGGCAUCAAUGGGAGCAUUGGGGGAACCUCUGGAAUUGGUUCCAGCAGUAGUACAGGUGGCGGUUCUGGAACGGACCAGUUUCCCAAGAAGGUAACCUUUAGCGCGUUUGCCACCGUACAGGUCGUUUAGCAAAAUCCGAUAACGCGAAGGGCGUUAGACAAUUAGUAACCAUAUAGGACAGAUAGAAAGCAAUGGGAAGGGAUGAUGAACAAUCACCAUAACGUUAUCAAUCAACCAGCAAAUAUCAAUUAUUUCUUGCAACCAAAAGGGAAACAAUUUGAUUAUUUGAACCAAAAAACGAACCAGAACAAAAAAUAACCAAUCGAAACUCAUAUCGACUGAGACGACUGUGCGGAAUGACAGCGUUUAGAAGUUAGCGAAAGAGAAAGAUGAAAAGAAGAUUUGUAAGUAAACAAUUGUACAGAAAUUUAAACCUUUUGUAGGGAUUUUAAUGAAAAGUCAAAACAUGAAACAAAAUACAUAAGAAAAAAUUCCUAUCAGCACCAAGGACUUAGAGGAUCAAACAACAAUAUUUUUUUCAUAGUAACGAAUUCACAAGGUAGAUUAUAAAAUGCAUUAGUUACAGUGGAAAGUGAAAAACACUACAGAUGUUUAUUUGAGGGUUACGCACUACAUACAUCGAUAAAUAGGGGACUUUAACAUUCUUUAAACUAUUCAACUUGACGUCUAGCACCAAUUUUUAAAACGGUUUUACAGUAGGAAUGGUAAGAAUAUUACAAUAUUUGCUUGUAGGAACUAUACCAGAGGAGAGCAGAAAAAUACAGAAAAAGAAAAAAACUUGUAAAUAAUGUAUACUGUACUAUAGAUCGAAAUUUGUGAUUUAUGAGCCAUUUUAGAUCUUUCGGUAGUUUAACGGUUGGACUCCAACGUGUGGAUUUAUUACUAGGGAAUCGGUUUAUUGAUGCUUAGAGCUUUUGAAAUGCAACAACCUAGCGACUGUUAUUUUUGCGGUUCUAGGAGCAAUUGAAAUUUUUCAUGGUUUUUUGGGAUUGUAUUUUUUUGACAUUAUAGGUUUUUCAAUGGAACUUUAAAAAGCGGAAAUAAGCUUUUUUUAUGAUCGGUUCUGAAAGUGAAUCAUAAGUGGGAUAAGUGGGAUUGGGACCUAUCCUUGGACAUUUCAAUGUUUUUUUUGAUAACUUAUUUCUAAAAAAAAUCUUCAAGUUCAAGUUUUGAAAAAAAAUUCACUCGAGUUACAUAAAAAAUCGUCCAAAACAUUAAGUUGAAAAUUGAGAUAGAAUUCGAUGGGUUUUUAAACGUAAACAACUUUUUUAAACUAAACUCACAAGGUCCGCACUAAGAAAACAAAAUCAUAAUCAAUCAAACUUCGUUCAAUAUCCCUGAGUUUUGAAUAAAUUGAACACAUUUCGGCUAUUUCGGAAAAGUAAAAUUUUCUUUAAUUUUUGGAAAAAUUACCAAUGCUCCCAUUCAAACUUUUUUAUGGCUUUUUGUCAAAGUAAAAAAAAUUUUCAAAAAAAUUCAAACAAUAAGGAUUUUUAAUUGAAACUUAAAUUAUCAUAGAACUUAUUUCAUCUGAGUUAACAAUUCGAAAUAAACUUUAUUUCCGGUAUCCAUCAUGUAAAAAAAAUGUGAAAAAUCGUUGUAAGUGGUCUUACUGAACUGGAUACACAUGGAAUCAUGUCUGAAUACUCGCCGUAAAAAGUCUUGAAGUUUUAAAAUAUUUUGUCUCUCAAACCGAGCCUUCUUAUGGGUUUUGUGCCAGUUAAAAAAAAAUCAAACGGAAACUUUCCACUAAACAACUUUAUCGAAGAUCGUAGCUUCGUAUCUCUUUAGACAAAAAAGUUAUUAGCUGUUGAAUAUGGGUAUAUCUUUAGGUAUUAAAAAACCAUCAAUGCAACUGACAUCACUGCUGGUGCAUAUCGAAGCAUUGCAUGACUUCUUUUCUAGCAAUACUUCGCUAGGCACCAGCAGGCAUGUCAGUUGAAUUGAUUGUUUUUCAAUGCCAAAAUAAUACCCCUUUUAAACAGCAAAUGAUUAUUUUACGUGAUAAGAUACGAAGACACGAUCUUCAAAAAAGUUGUAUAGCGGAAAAUUUUCUUUAAAGAAUUUAUAAAUUAGCACGAACCCCAUAACCAGACUCGGUUCCAGAGAAGAAACGAAACUGAUGUUGAUUCUUUAGAACAAAAUAUUCAAUUUACCUAUACGAAUAUAAAAGUUUAAAUUUACUCAUUUCAACGUUACUAAAAAAUUCUGCAAAAAAUUAUGGAUGAGUUUUGAACCAAAACUAAGCUUUUAAGGCUCCAGGGUUUGAGAAAUUAAAAAAUGACCCCAAAUCGACUCAGUCAAGAUUACAGUACACUCAUUUUUUCCUAUUUUUACCGAAAUAUUGCCUUCUUACGGUCACGAGGAUUUCCUAUUGAAAUAUUUUUUUCUAUCAGUUUGAUAAAUAAAACACUACAUAAACGCUAUCGGCAUUAUUUCAAUGUUUAUACUAAGGUUGCCUGUUUGCCCGGAUAUUUUUAAUAAAAUUUUGGAAAAGUCCGGUUGCCCGUAUUUCAUUAACAAAUUUUCCCGGAUUGAAAAAAACAAAUUUUGCUGUAAGUUUUUUACUUAUACGUCCAAAACAAAAAAAUUGAUCAAGUUUUUUGAAAAAAAAAUGAUGAAUUUUGAUGGUGGAAAAGAAAUUUUUCACGGUUUGUGUUGAGUAAUUCCUAUAUUUUGAACAAGUUUGCCCGGAUAGAGUCCGGAAUUUCGGUCGGUAAUUUUGGAAUGAAAUGCCCGGAUUUUGCCAAGUUUUUAAAUAAAAUAGCCUGAAUAUGUUCGGCCCGGAUACGUGCUGAAAAAAUAUUGCAUAGGAUAAACUAAGGUUGCAGAUAGGCAUGGCGCUCAGGUCGUCCCGAAUUGCGAGCUGGAUCCCUUUUUUCUAUACUGAUGGAUCAAAAAAGGAUAAUGCAGCUGGCGCAGGAGUAACAGGUCCAGGUGCAAACUUUUCCAUACCAAUGGUAAAGUGGGUGACAGUUUUUCAAGCGGAAAUUUUCGCCAUUCUCAUAUGUUCAAACCUAUGUUUGGAAAGAAACCACGGGUAAUUUGUUUGUAAGAUAGUCAAGCAGCACUUAAAUCUUUAAAGUCAAUGAAAUGUUCAUCAAAAUUAGUUUGGGAAUGUAAUGAGGCACUUAAAAAACUUGCUCAAAAUAAUUCAGUUACUUUAUAUUGGGUACCAGGGCUGCAGUUACUUUAUAUUGGGUACCACUGUGGAGUUGAGGGUAAUGAAAAAGCUGACAUGCUAGCUAGACAGGGCUCCUCAACACCGCUUUUAGGUCCUGAACCUUUCUGCGGCGUCUCUCGCUGGUUUCUAAAAAUGGAAUUAAAAAAUAUUGAAAAACGAAUGGUUGAAACAAACUGGAAGAACAUAUUAGGAGCAAGACAAUCAAAGCGUUUACAAAUCGAAAAAAAUACUAGCAUUAUCUAAAAAAGACCUAAAAACAUUUACAGAACUAAUAACAGGACACUGUGAAUGUCUUUAUCAUUUAAAACUAAUAGGCAAGAGUCAUUCUGACGUAUGCCGAUUUUGCAGGGCUGAGGAGAUAUCAUCUGAGCAUCUUCUGUGUGACUGCCCUUGUCUUAUAUCAAAAAUAACAAAACAACUCGGAAAAGGUAUUUUGGAUCCUUCCGAAAUAUAUUCUAUAAGUUCCAAGAAGGUUGUUAACUUCAUUCGUGUAGUUCUUCCAGAUUGGGAAAAUGCUAAACAACAAGAAAGUGACACUGUUGAAAUCAAUCAGAGUGAUCUAUCUUGAUUAGCCACAUUAAACAGGGGACAAACCUCAAAAGACCUAACAUCUGGUCGCAGUGGUAGGAACCCAACAAGGAAAAAAACAGGUUGCAGAUUGCCCAGUUAUAUCCAGGUUUGCUCAAUUUUAUCCGGGUUUGCACGGAUAUUUAUUACAAAAUUUGGAAACACUUCAACCCGACCCGGUUUCCCGGAUUUUAUUGAAAAAAAAACUCAUUUCUUGCCCUGAUUUAUUGACUUUAUUUGACAAAUCAAACAAAUUAGAAAACAAAGUGUAUUAUAAUUUUUUUAUUUAUGCCUCCAAAACAAUUGUUUUGAGCAAGUUUUGAAAAAAAAUAAUCGUGAAAGGUUUUUCCUUUGACAGGAAGCCCAAAAUAAGAUUUCAAAUCUGUCAAUGAGUUUUGGUGAAAUUUUAUUUUAAAGUUUUUUCCUUAAUUUCUGUUGAAUAAUUUCUAGGUUUUGACAAAAUUUGCCCAGAUUUUAAGUCGUCAAUUUUGAAAUCAAGUGCCCGUAUUUUGCCAGGUUUUCAUUUGAAUUCCCCAGAUUUGUCCGGCCAGGAUAAGUGCUGCAAAAAAUCUGGCAACCUUAGUCAGGUAACUCUGGGAAUAACAAAAAUUAAAAAAAAAGGAUUUUUUUCCAAAGUGCCAAAAGUUAGUGUACGCUUUCAAUAUUUUUGUGAUUCAAUCAUAGUGAAAAAUAUUUUUGAAUUUCGUCCUUGUCAAUCUCAUUCAAAAAGGUUAUCAGUAGUGUAUACUGUUUUUACAUUCUUAUAAAGCUGUUUUCUUUUGUGGUGAAAUUUUAAGAAUUGUAAUUUCUCGAAAAUUACAAUGGAAAAUUUCGUAUAAAAUCAGGUAACAAAUGUUCUUUAAAAAUUCACUUUUGAUUCCUAACUGAAUUUAAAAAGUAUCGUUUGAUGUAUAACACAAAACUAUUGAAUCAGUUUUGGCUGAUCUAAAAAAAGUCGAUUUCAUAUGCAAAAGCUGUGGAAAAUCGAAUUUUUUUGGCUAGGCUUUUAGAUUUACCAAUACCCCUUCGACUAUGAUGUUUUAAACACCAAACGAUACCUUUUCAACUGAACCAUCAUUCAAUAGAAUAUUUUGAAAAAAAAUUAUUUUUUCUGAUUUGUUGUGGAAUUUUUAAUUGUAAUUUUCGCGAAAUUCCAGCAAAAAUGCUAUACGUUGAUGAUUUUUUUUCAAUUUUAUUCACGAACAACAACCGAUUAACUUUAUAAGAAUGUAUAUAGAGUAUACGCUGCUGAUGUCCUUUUUGAGUAGAGUUUGACAAGAAAAAAAAAGUUUUUACUUUGAUUGAGUUUGUCAAGUACAUGAUUUUUAAAACUGAUCAAAUUAAUAUUUCAAUCCUGAUCAAAUAUUCUUAAGUUUAUAAACAAACUCGUUAAGCUCCCCGCGCACUCCUUGCCUACUAACUGUGAAUGUCGGAAAACCUUGUGACUGAAUUCUUGGGUCGACAGAGACCUGAAAUCUGAAUUAGAAUAAAAAUAUUGGCGAAUAUCAAGAGAGCUCACGCACACUAGUUCAUAUGUCAAAAGCCAUAGAUAUAGUUGAAUCAGUCAACAAAUUAAAGUGAUAAAAUACCGCAUUAAAAAAUUUACCGUUACUGGUAAAAGUUGUAAAAUUGUAUCAAAAUAGACGACGAGAAGUUACGUUGGCCAGUCUAGGUUGUUCUGGGGAGUUUCCAAAAAAAUUGAAAAUUUCGCUACGAAAAACUUCGUAUAGGGAACAAAGUAGGCUGUUCAUAAUAAUUGACACAAUUAUCGGCCGAGUAUGUGAAGAAGAAGCCUCCAGAAGCCCUACUAUUUUUAUUCAAAGAUACCUCGAAGCAAAUUGAUGAGCUUUGGCAGGAACUGGCUUCGAGCUUUUCACGAAUCCGGUGAUGGAGUGGUACGAUGCUGUUUUUAUUCCGGGGAAGUAAAACCAGCUUAAGUUGUUUGAACUAGGGGAGAUGAGGGCAUAAUGAGCGCCCAGGGCAUAGUAAGCAAUUCUCUUUUAUACGCAUACGCAUUUUCUUAAAUAAAUUUUCAUGAGAAAUAGUUUCGUACUUACUAUAGUAUUAAUUUUUCACCGAAAAAGAAAUCUCCUUGUCAUCUUUACAAAAAAAAAUUCAAAAAAAAACAUCUAGGUUCCCUAGUGACGAAAAAAAAAAGAUUUUAAUUUUCAAGCACCCACCAGGAAAUAAACUUUCAUGAUCUUUAAACCAUCUUUAUCUAUAAUGUACGCACUGUAACAUAAUAAAAACAUUGUUGAUCAAUUUUCACCAUUAUUAUUUUUUUUUAUUUUUCACUAUAAUCAAUUUUAAAACACGUUUCUGCUUUAAUUUGUUGACUAGGAGCGAAAAGAGCACAAUUUAUCGGGGCACGAUGAGCGUUUUCUGCCGCAGCAUCUAGCAGCGAAUUCAACUCGAUCUAGUGAACUGAAUGAUAGAGUUACAGCUUCACCAGUUUACAUCCUACUACCAAAAACAUUCUUGGGAUUUUCAAAGGAAAGACAAAAUUCUUUAAAAAUGACCAGAAAAAGGGUUGAUCAGCAGUGGCGUGUGUUUUUUUUUUUGGUCAAAGCAGUUCUUUGGCACGCCCAAAAUCCAACAUUCACUCCAAUCAUGAGUUCACAAUUUUUCAACGUCAUUGGCAUAUCCCUAUCCCAUCACAAGAUAAAGGAAGAUGGAAACAAUGGAUGAAUAAAUUGAUCCGCUCGGUCGAUUCUGUGUGUGCGUAUGUGAGGCAGCAUUAGGAAAAGUACAAAGAAAACGAAACAUUUCCUUGUUUCAAACCCCCGGCAAACAAUCUCCGGUCAAGCUGCCUGAUUGGGCGUGUUUCUUGUUUCCAAUUCCCUCUCCCAUCAUAAGACAAUAUCGACAAACCCCCGGCCAAACACCAGACACUAUGACAAACACUAUAACAAUUAACCCUCGUUCUCCAGCUGGGUCAGGUGGCACACUAGUUAAGCUGUGGGGUGGGCAAGAUGAAGUAAGAAAUUUGUUGUGAGUUCAAUUCCUCUUCGAAGGCAAAUUUUUUUAAUUUACCAUGUUUCGGGGUAUAAAUAGGAUAAAAAUUGGAUAAAAAUCACAUCACAAUGUUUUUUCUUGUUUCGCUUGAAUGUUUGUAUGUUGUGGUUCUGCAGCAUUUUGCUUGAGAGCUCGAGUCUUUAUGCCAGUGACGGGAAAGCAAUCAUAUCAUUUUUAGGCGCAAUGCACAUUUCAGCGCAUUUUUGGCACACAGUUAGCUCGGAUCGAAAUUGAAAUUUUGCAACCUGUUCUUUAGGUGUAACUAUCUCGAAACCUUGACUUGACAGAUUAUCAAAAAAAAAACUAAACCAACAUAUAAACAGUCCACCAAAAACUAGCUUCACUGAAUUUCAUUAAAUUUCAGCAAUGCAAUAAAAUGUUAUGCAUUAAUUUAAAGGAAAUUUUUGAUGAAAACUUACGAUUUUUUUUAGCCCCAUAAUUUUUUAUGGAUUCAUUUUGAGAGCACUCAGACCAAAAAAAAAAACUUCUUAUGUCUACAACAUAACUUGCUACAAAUCGGUGUACAUUUCAUAAAUCAUAUUCAACUGAUGAGUUUUUAUGACAUCCAUGAACUACGCAACAACCAACUUAUAAAGAGUUUGUAAGAUUAUUUGUCUGAUAAAUAUUUUGUUCUCACUCCUGUUUCCCAACGGCGACAAAAAUAAAAAUGGAGAUUAAAAACGUAGUUUAUGUUAGGCGAUUGAAAUGCUAAUUUAUGUUGAAUUUAUUUAAUACACUUUCGAGAGUCAUACUUUCAUGAAAAAACAUAGGAAGCCAUUUAUUUUCAGAAUGUUUGUUCCAAUGGGAUGCCUGCUGAAAGUUCAAAAUUACAGGGAACUCAUUUACUACUUAGGAAAUAAGUCUUUAAAAAAUUCACUUGAAAUCGCUAUAAAGAAUUUUGCUCAUUUCGUUAUGAGCUAAACACUAUGAAUCCACCUGAUUUUCUGUCCAAGAACAGAGCAACCCCUUGAAGUUGAAAAGAUGACCCAUAAUUUGAUAGGAGCCUUCUUUUGAACCAAAAAAUACCAAAUUUUGAAGAUCCAGUUGUCUCCGAGUUAUAACAGGACAAAUUUCGGGGUUCAAGGGAAUGAAAAUCUUCACGGUCCUUAAGUAAUUUUCACUCAAUAUACAAAUUUACGAUACAUAUCGGGCUUAUGGAUUACCCAACUGAGCAUCAAUGAAUUAUUGCAAAGCUAAAGUAAUACUAAACACUCUGGUAGAGUCCUUCCAAAUCUGUAAAUGUUAGCCUUUUUUUUAAUCUUCUUAUUUUUCUAUCUAAAUUUAAGCCGCUCACCUAAUUGUUAACAAAUUGGAAGCCAAAAAACCAAUUCGGUUACACAAAUAGUCACCACCAAUAAUAAGCAUAACGUUAGAAACAAGACAUAAACAAAAACAUUACAUAUAAUUAUAUUAACGAUAAUCUUAGCAGCUUCCCACAGGGAAGCAGGGCCAAUUAUAAGACUUAAUAUCUUUUACAACAUCGCGCGUUUCGUUUUUGUUUUUUUUUUUUUUUACUUUUGUUUUCCCCUUUAUAUUGUAUUUUAUCUAUUGUAUCUUGCUGAAGCGAAAAUUGAGACGAAAAAAAACCACAAGACUCUGUACACAAACAUUAUUAGCAUAAGCGAAAGGAGAUAUUGAAAAGAUAAAGACGGCCAAAAAGCCCACAAGAAGAGACAGAAUCUUAUGCAAUUCUCCAGCAACUCCAGCUCAAAACGUUAACCUAGGUCAAGCUUGAAAAGAGAGAAAGAAAGAAAUCCAGCAUCCCGGUAGCGCUAAAUAAAACCUUCCUAAAAGUCUCUAGAAGCACACGUUGCUCCCAUAAUAGAUCAAUCAUCAUAGAUUAGCGAGAGAGCACCAGUUUUGUUGUUAGCGAGGUUUGCUUAGUAAGAUUUUUUUUCGCUACUAAUUUCCAAACCUCAAAGCUAGCAGCCGCUAAUUCACAAACAGAUCCCCGUGCUGAGAAAGUUUGUUGGCCAAACAUUGGCGCCCAACCUUCUGUAGUUUGUGGUUUUGCUUAUUAAAUGGCCAACCCAAUUCUUGACAAAAAAAAAUGGGCAACAUCGACAGCCGCUCACAAAGAUAAUGAGUCACGAUUUCGCGGGAGAGUGCCAAUUUUCACUUAACCAACUUCAAAGGGGUCAAAAUUGGCAGGUUCCAAUAAUGGUUGAACAAUGUUGGAGUUUUCACCUUUGAAAUUAUUCUGAGUAUAGGAAGGUAUAAAAUUUAGAUGUCAGAUUCUAGAUGUCAGAUUCCAGAUGUCAAAUUCCAGAUGUCAGAUUCCAGAUAUCAGAGUUCAGUUUAAGUACUCAGAUGUCAGAAUACAGAUGUCACAACUCAGUUGUCAGAAUUCUGUUGUCAGAAUUCUGUUGUCAGAAUUCAGAUGUCAGAAUUCAGAUCUCUGAAUUCAGACGUCAGAAUUCAGAUGUCAGAAUUCAGAUGUCAGAAUUCAAAUGUCAGAAUUCAGAUGUCAGGUUUCAAAUGUCAGAAUUCAGAUGUAAGUAUUCAAAUAUCAGAGUACAGAUGUCACAACUCAGUUGUCAGAAUUUUGCUGUCAGAAUUCAGAUGUUUGAAUUCAGACGUCAGAAUUCAGGUGUCAGAUUUCAGAGGAAAGAAUUUAAAUGACAGAAUUCAGAUGUCAGAAUUUAGAUGUCAGAAUUCAGAUGUCAGAUAUCGGAAUUCAGAUGUCAAAAUUCAGAUGCCAGAAUUCAGAUGUCAGAAUUCAGAUGUCAGUACUCAGAUGUCAGAAUACAGGAAUCAGUAACUCAGUUAUGAUAUUUCUGAUGUCAGAAUUUAGAUGUCAGAAUUCAGAUGUCAGAAUCCAGAAGUAGGAAUUCAGAUGUCAGAAUUCAGAUGUCAGAAUUCAUAUAUCAGGAUUCAGAUGUAAGUGCUCUGAUGUCAGAAUACAAAUGUCAGAACCCAGUUCAGAAUUCUCUUAUCAGGCGUCAGCAUUCGAAUGUCAGAACUCAGUUGUCAUAAUUGUGUUGUCAGAAUUCAGCCGUCAGAACUGUUGUCAGAAUUCUAAAGUAAGAAUUAAGAUAUCUGAAUUCAGAUGUCAAAAUUUUGAUGUCAGAAUUUAAAUGUCAGAUUUUAGAUGUCAGAAUUCAGAUGUCAGAAUUCAGAUGCCAGAUUUCAGGUGUAGGAAUUCAGAUGUCACAAUUCAAAUGUCAGAAUUCUGAUGUCAGAACUCAGAUGUCUAAAUUCAGACGCUAGAAUUCAAAUGUCAGAAUUCAGAUGUUAGAACUCAGACGUCAGAACUAAGAUGUCAAAACUCAGUCAAAAUUCAAAUGUCAAAUUUCGGAUGAAUUCAUAUAUCACAAUUCAGAUGUCAAAAUUAGAUGUCAGAAUUCUGAUGUCAGAACUCAGAUGUCAAAAUUCAGACGCUAGAAAUCAGAUGUCAGAGCUCAGAUGUCAGAAUUCAGAUACCAGUGCUCAGAUGUCAGAAUUCGGUUUCAAAAAUUAGAUGUCAGAGUUCAGAUGUCAGUGUUCAGAUGUCAGAAUACAGAAGUCAGAACUCAGUUGUGAUAAUUCUAUUCUCAGAACUCAGACGUCAGAAUUCAGAUGUCAGAAUUCAGGUGUCAGAACUCAGUUGUCAGAACUCAGAUGUCAGAAUUCAGAUGUCAGAACUCAGAUGUCAGAAUUCAGUUUCAGAAAUCAGAUGUCAGAAUUCAGAUUCAGAAUGAAAAAUAAAUUAUUUUUUUUGAAGAUUUAUAAUUAAGUAUUGCAUCACAGACAUUAAAGUUGAUUAAUUUUGUAAACCACCGAAAGUGACUUUAAAAAACCCUUACAUAACUCCAUUAUCCAAGCAACAGUUUACAAACAAAAAAUUCAUCAAUCAUCAGCAAUUUUCACUUUCACUGAUGCAUUGAGCCUAGUUUUUUGUUCGGUAGAUAUUUGUCUCGGAAUUAAAAACUCAUCAACCAAUUUCGAUACCUUUAAUCGAUGUUGUAGCAUCAAUGAUGUUGCAAAAUUACUCUCCACGAAUCAUUGAACCCGCGCACGAAUCUAUUUGCGCGAUCGAGCGAGCGGGAGCAAACGAAAUCAAAACACAUUUCGAUACGCCCAUUUAACAGGAAAAAAAAAUGAACAAGUGUCUUGUGAACAUCGAGAGCAAAACAAAUCAGUCGAAAGGGUGAGAAAAAUUUGAGGCGAAAAAAUUUAAACGAAAAGUGAAGAUGUAAAUGGGAUGUCUGGAUUUAAAAUUUAGAAACUAGACGGCAGCACCAUAACCUGUUAAAAUGAAUUGUGAAACUGACCCAAGGUAUGUUAAAAAGUGUAAAAAUGUAUGUAAAAAUAAUUUUUAAUCGAAAUAAUACAGCAUAGCUUCACUUACUGAAAGUGGUAGGAGACAGGCUCACAUUAUCGAUAGUGUAUGUAGCGUAUUCAUAGAACAAAUUUUAAACAAAAUCCCUUCACCUCUUUUAAAAACAAAUUCAUAACCUAAAAAGUGGCAAAAGUGUAUAGAAAUGUAAAUAGAUAAACAAAACAAAUGUGAAAUUGAUUUAUAAAUGUCAUGGGGCAAAAAUUGUAGACAGGAUCCCAUUGAAAGAUGCUGAAUCCAAAAUUGUCAAGAAGCACCACAAUAAAUAGAUACAGAAUCACACACAUUCUUUGAGAAUAAAACUAAACAAAUAAUCGA